AUGAAGGAACUAAUAAGAAAUAACCUAAAAAAUGUGUUGUUAAAUAACCACUGUCUUGUGAGGAAUACCAAUAUAAAAUGUUGGAGAACUGAUAGGAUUCAUAAUUGUAAUAUUUUGCAUAGUGUUGAAAAUAAUGGGAUUCGUCAUUUUUCUUCAUUCAAUUUAGAAGAAAAAAAAAAAAUGAAUAUGUUUACAGCAAUAAAUUCAGCUAUGCAUAAUGUAUUUGAAACAAAUCCUAAUUCUGUAUUAUUAGGAGAAGAUGUUGCUUUUGGAGGUGUGUUUAGAUGUUCUUUAGAUUUAUUAAAAAAGUAUGGAAACAUGAGAGUGUUCAAUACACCCUUAUGUGAACAAGGAAUUAUAGGAUUUGCUAUAGGUCUAGCUGAAAAUGGAUUUACAACAAUAGCAGAAAUACAAUUUGGUGAUUAUAUAUUUCCAGCAUUUGAUCAAAUAGUAAAUGAUGUAGCUAAAUAUAGAUAUAGAUCAGGUAGUAGUUUCGAUGUAGGUAAAUUAACCAUAAGAUCAACAUGGGGUGCUGUUGGACAUGGUGGUUUAUAUCAUUCACAAAGUCCUGAAGCUUUUUUUGCUCAUGCAGCUGGUAUAAAAAUUAUUGUACCAAGUGAUGCAUAUAAAGCUAAAGGAUUAUUACUUUCAGCUAUUAAUGAUCCUAACCCAUGUUUAUUUUUUGAACCAAAAAUUUUAUAUAGAUCAUCAGUUUGUGAUGUACCUAUUGGACCAUAUCAAUUAGAAUUAGGUAAAGCACAUAUUCUAAGACAAGGUACAGAUGUUACUAUACUAACAUGGGGAUCUUUAGUACAUAAAAUGAAAAAUGCUGCAGAUAUUUUAUCAAACAAAUAUAAUAUAGAAUGUGAAGUUAUUGAUCUACAAACUAUUAUACCAUGGGAUAUUCAAACUGUACAAAAGUCAGUCGAAAAAACUGGAAGACUUUUAAUUACACAUGAAGCUCAACUAACCAAUGGUUUUGGAGCUGAAAUUGCAGCAAAAAUACAAGAAAGAUGUUUCUAUAAUUUACAUACACCUAUUAAAAGAGUAUGUGGAUAUGAUACUCCUUUUCCUCAUGUAUACGAGCCAUUCUAUAUGCCCGAUGUACAUAAAGUCAUAUAUGAAAUAAAAAAAAUGAUGAAAUCAUAA